CCACGGUUCUACCUGGUUCCUCAUCUUCAUCUACCAUCAAGAUGAAGUUCUUCUCUGCCCUCGCCCUCUCCUCUCUCCUGCCGACGGCCGCAUGGGCCUGGACCGGCAGCGAAAGCGACAGUACCGGCGCCGACUCCCUCUUCCGCCGCGCCGAAACCAUCCAGCAGACGACGGACCGAUACCUUUUUAGGAUCACGCUCCCGCAAUUUACUGCCUAUCGCAACGCCAGAAGCCCGGCGACACUGGACUGGUCCUCAGACAGCUGCAGCUACUCGCCCGAUAACCCGUUGGGAUUCCCCUUUUCGCCUGCUUGCAAUCGUCAUGAUUUCGGGUAUCGCAACUACAAGGCUCAGUCGAGGUUUACGGAUAAUAAUAAGUUGAAGAUUGAUGGAAACUUUAAGACUGAUCUCUACUACCAGUGCGACACCCACGGCUACGGCUCCACCUGCCACGCUCUCGCCAACGUCUACUACGCCGCCGUCCGCGAAUUUGGUCGCACCAAGGGCGAGCUCCAGGAGGAAUACGAUCUGCUGCUGGCUCACUACAACGAGCUCGUGGCCGAGGCUAUUGCCAAGGGCGAGGAUCCGUUGUAUUAUUAGCUUUCUGUAUAUCGGAGGAGGAGGAUGAAGGCUACUUAUCAAGGGACAGAAAAUGGACUUCCUUUACACAACUUGGUAGCCGGUUUACCUAUAUGGUAUGUGGAAACACC